UGGUGUUUAUCCGCGUCUCGCUCACACCGACCGCGUCGCGUCGCGCUUCUGAGGUGCACUCGCUAUUCCUAUUAUUUUCGUGACGGGUAUUGCGCCGAAGCCGAUUCCCGCAUCCUCGCCCCGAGACGUGAAGUCCGGUCUCGCGGUGGAGGUGGCCGUUCGCAUCGUACGCUAGUACACGCCCGAGGCUGUCCCGUCGCGCGGGUCGCGGCUAAUGGAACGUUUGUUUUGCCCGCUCUCGGCCCCUCUGUUAUACACGAAAAUAAUGCGUCACGUCCGAUUGAUCGACUCAAUGUUACGUGUGCGCUACGGAUCCGAUCGCCUCAGUGACCGAUAAUGUUAUUGGGUUCCGUAUAACUAAUUGGAAAGUUGAUGUGUCUGUGGUGGUGACAGUGUGUGGAUUGUGCCCCGGGUGUGCUGAUGCUACACGUGAAUGUGGAUGGUGAUAGUGGAGUUGGAAGAUGCAUUUCAAAGAGUCGUUUGCAAUGAGCGAUCGUCAGAACGAGCGCGGCCGCCGCAACUCUCGCUGCAAGGGCGCUGGCGUCAAAAUGGAGCACUUCCAGGCGGCGCUGGAUCCUCGCAAGCAGGAGCUGCUGGAGGCUCGCUUUCUAGGCGCCAAGGUGAGCGCGGGGGCGGUACUGGUUGAAAGCCAGCGUGUUACCGAGUUCAAACCGAUGUCAGCUGGCUCACAAAUUCAAAUGGCACCUCAAACUACUGUCAACACGGGCCAGCCAGUACAUAAUAAUCAGGACUCCAAUAUGAGCACAGGAUCUUCUCAUAGUGAUAAAGAAGUAGAUGCAUUAACUCCUGAAAAGUCAGCUGCUAUGAGAGGUUCUGCAACUGUACCAGGCAGUGCUUUAGUGCCACCGAGUGGAGCUACACCUACUAUAGCAAUGCCAGAAAGGAAAAGAAAGCGAAAAGGUGAAGAAGGUGUUGGCGGGGGUGGGGGUGGUGGUAAGCAAAGAAACAAUUCAGAUAAGAACAUUCGUGAAUAUUUCUCGAAGCACCCAUCGUCCAGUCCGGUCCGGCAUACCGGGGCGAAGUCACCGUCGCCGCAAAGCGCCAAUUAUCCUAUGUACCCACCGUCACCAUCAUCAAUAUCAUCAAUAUUGGCUCCGGGAGCUGAUUACUUACGUUCCGCCUCGCAACAGCGACCUCACCCUUCUGUUAAACAGAUUCAGACAGAAAUAACAUGUCAGAGGAUACAAGAGUUAGAAACUCAGGCUUCGUCUGACUUAGAGCUAAGAAAUAAUAAAAUAGAUGAAUUAACAAGGAGUAAUGAAGAGUUGCAGCUUCAAGUUCAAGCGCAGAAUAAGGCUAUUGAUCAACAUAAAUCACAUAUUAAUAAAUGUAUAGAAGUUGUAAAAAAGUUAUUAAAUGAGAAGAGUACUAUUGAAAAGAAAGAGGCUCGACAGAGAUGUAUGCAAAACAGAUUAAGGCUGGGACAAUUUGUGACUCAGCGAGUUGGUGCUACUUUCCAAGAGAACUGGACUGACGGAUAUGCAUUUCAAGAACUAACGAGGCGGCAAGAGGAGAUUACGGCUGAGAAGGAGGAGAUCGAUCGGCAGAAGAAGCUGCUGAUGAAGAAGCGGCCGUCCAACAGCGAGGGCAGAGGCAAACGCACGUCCAGCGUAGCCGCGCCCACGACGCCCCAGCCCCUGCACAACGGCACCGACCCGCCCACCUUCCUCAAGCCCGACCCUCUGCCCAGUCUCACCUGGCAGGAGUACUACGAGGCCGACGAGAUCCUGAAGCUAAGACAAAGUGCGUUGAAAAAGGAAGAUGCAGAUUUGCAGCUUGAAAUGGAAAAAUUGGAGAGGGAAAGAAAUCUUCACAUCAGAGAAUUGAAGAGAAUACACAAUGAAGAUCAGAGUAGAUUCUCACAACAUCCAGUGCUGUCUGAUAGAUAUCUGCUGCUAAUGCUGUUGGGCAAGGGUGGUUUUAGUGAGGUCCACAAGGCAUUUGACCUUAGAGAACAGCGCUACACCGCCUGCAAGGUUCACCAGCUCAACAAGGAUUGGAAGGAGGACAAGAAGGCCAACUAUAUCAAACACGCGCUCCGGGAGUACAACAUUCACAAGGCCCUUGACCACCCCCGGAUCGUGAAGUUGUAUGAUGUUUUCGAAAUUGACGGAAAUUCAUUUUGUACAGUGCUCGAAUAUUGCAAUGGCCAUGAUCUUGACUUUUAUCUUAAGCAGCAUAAGACAAUACCGGAGCGAGAAGCCAGAUCAAUAGUGAUGCAAGUGGUGUCCGCUCUAAAAUAUUUAAAUGAGAUAAAGCCUCCGGUGAUACAUUAUGACCUCAAACCGGGAAAUAUCUUACUCACCGAGGGAAAUGUCUGCGGAGAGAUCAAAAUCACUGACUUUGGCCUCUCGAAGGUGAUGGACGAGGAAAACUAUAAUCCUGACCAUGGAAUGGAUCUCACCAGCCAAGGGGCUGGUACCUAUUGGUAUCUGCCCCCCGAGUGCUUCGUGGUCGGCAAGAAUCCGCCAAAGAUAAGCAGCAAGGUAGACGUGUGGAGUGUGGGAGUAAUCUUCUACCAAUGCCUCUACGGGAAGAAGCCGUUUGGACACAACCAAAGCCAGGCGACUAUCCUCGAGGAGAACACCAUCCUAAAGGCAACGGAAGUGCAGUUUGCCAACAAGCCCACUGUCAGUAAUGAGGCUAAGAGCUUCAUCCGCGCCUGCCUGGCCUACCGCAAAGAGGAGCGCAUCGACGUGUUCGGGCUGGCGCGGCACGAGUACCUCCAGCCGCCCAUGCCCAAGCCCCGGGGCGCCCCCGGCAACACCCACGCCCACCAGCCGACCUUCCCGCCCUCCAUGUACGCCAGCUCCUCUUCCUAGC